CUCACCCCGUCCUCUCCUGUUCGCCCGGGUCCUCCGCCCCCGAUGCGCGUGGCGGUGGUCGCGUGCAGCGGGCGCGAGCUGGCGGCCCUGGACGCCGACCCGUCGUGGCGGCUGCGCGACGUGCUCGCGGGGCUGCCGCAGCACGGCGGGUCGCUGGGCGGCCAGAGGCGGCUGUUCCUCGGGGGGGCGGAGCUGUGCGGGGCCGCGACCCUGGCGGACGCCGUGGGAGAUCGGGGCCACGGCCAGCAGCGCGCUCACUCUGGUGUUAACCCCGGCGCUGCGAGUGGCGACCGCUGUCUUUUGGCCCCCUGA